AUGUGCACCGGCCCGUCGACGGUCUGUGGCAUCCUCUCCAAUGGCUCCGUUGCAUGCUGGGGCAAUAAUGAGGAAGGUGCGCUGGGAUCCGGCUUGUCAUACUCCGUCCUCUCGACCUCGGCCAGUCCGCGAUUGGUCCCGAACAUAGGCAGCGCCACUGCAAUCUCCUGUGGCGCCCUCUUCAACUGCGCCCUUGAUUCUGGCAAGGCAUACUGCUGGGGCACAACGACUACGGGCCAACUGGGCAAUGGAACGACUGGCAGUGUGGGCAGCCCGGUCCCCGUCCAAGUCCUCACCAAUGCCACCAACAUUGCCGCGAUCAGCACCGGAGUCAAUCACGCAUGCCUCAUCGAUUCGGCCUUUCAGUAUUGA